CACCCUAAGGGUCAACAGGCGACAUGGUGGAGACGCCUAUCGGGCGGCCAGAAUUACGGAUUUGUUCAUCCCAUAUAUUAGCCAAAAUACUUAAUGAAUCUUAUUAAAUUUACGAUAUUCUUAAUCAGUAGGAUUGUCCGCAGGUCGGCAAAGAUUGAUUGUUGUAUAAAGGACAACAUUAUUAAUAAUAGAUGUACAAUUCAUGAUAUUAGCAAUGGAUGUAAUUGCCAAUAACACAGUCAAGGCAGAUAUAAACCUUAAUAUUUUAAGGCAGAUGGAAAAAGAUCUUGAUAUGGAUGAGAAGAUCUCUAUAUUAUUUUUAAUAGCAGACGAUUAUGCAAAUGCAUUUACGGAUAUCUUUAAUCUUUUUCAAAAAGCAAAGACGGAGGAUUCAUACAUGAUCAUAGAUUAUGUGAGACAAUAUCCGAACAAUUGGGAAGAUAAAGUUUUAGAAUCGUUAUGCGUUCUAAAUAAUCAAGAAGUUAUAAGGAAAUUAAAACUGUCAUUUGAGAAUUUGGACCUGCAAUAUGCUCCAAAUUUCACAUUCUAUUCAAAAAGUAUAAACAUAGUCGCAAAGUGCUUAUACAGACUGUGCGAAUCUUUGAACGAGAGUGAGCAAAAAUUAUUACUAAGUUAUGUUAAAUCUGAUAUUCCUAAUUAUAAAUCGUUGCUAGAUGAUGUAGAUUAUCUUGAGUUGCAUAUGCUUUAUUGGAUGCAAAUUAAAUACAUGACAAUUUCAAAAGAUCAAAAUCAUAAUAUGGAAAAAUUAUUAAAACAUUUGGAAAAGUUUAAGGAUUUAAAAAUAAUUUCUCUCAAUUUGGAGAAAUUUGAAAAUCGAUUGCAUGUUGAUAUUCAUGGGAAGACUGGAGCAAAUGACAAAAACUAUGUUCAUUCAAAUUUUCCGACAGAACCAUCUCUCGCAGAAAAUAAUAAAGAGAAAAUACAAAUUAUUAAUAAUGGAUUAUGUGUGAUUAUAAAUCAGAAGUCUUUUGGAAGAGAGUAUGAGACGCGACUUGGAACUGAUGCGGAUUGUAUUAAUUUAUCUAAAACAUUUAAAGCUUUUGGGUUCCAAGUUAAGAUAUAUAAAAAUCUAAAGAGGAAAGAAAUGAUAGAAACAAUUAAAAAUAUUCCAAAAGACUAUGGUAACAAGUAUGAUUGUUUAUUGCUUUGCAUCUUAAGUCAUGGAUAUAAAGGAGGUGUAAUUUCAUCAGAUGAAAAAGAAGUUUCACUGGAAGAAAUUGAAGGAGCUGUUUGUUGUAUGGAAUUGAAAGAUGUUAUAAAAAUUGUUGUUGUUCAAGCUUGUCAAGGAAAGACACGUGGUAAAUAAAAAAAAUUGCA